UGUAUUAGUGUCAAAAGCUGUCAAAGUUGUAAUUGGUUGUAUUCUAAUUUAUUUUCUGAAAGAUUCUUAACAAUUUAGCAUAUACUUGUGAGAACUAUGCAAAAAAUAAGUCUUUGAGAUUGUGUUAAAUUUUUGAAAAUACUUUAUUUACUAUGGAUGAGAAGGAAGAGUUACAUCUAACCUCUCAAGAACUGCAAGUUCUGUCCGAGCUUGACAGUCGACAGUUUGGUUUUUUGAAGCUGAGAGGAACAGAACAUGGAAGGACUCGGGCUCUCAUUCUCAAGGCUGUUAAAUAUUUGGAAGGAAUGCUUGUACAAAUUAAGGAGGAAGAAAGAGCUUGCUCACCUGGUGCUAGAAGAGAUAUAUGUAUAGAUCCUAAGACAUACUGCAAAUUAGGACAUUUCCAUCUAUUAUUAGAGGAUUAUGCUAAAGCUAUGUCAGCAUAUCAGAAAUUCUAUGCAUUGGAACAAGACAAUUGGAAGGAUCCUUUAUUUUUGUAUGGACUUGGUCUCUGCUAUUACCAUUACAAUGCUUUUGAAUGGGCAACGAAGGCGUUGCAGAUGGCACUAUACGUGUCGCCGGGGUUCUCCCGCGCGGCGGACGCUCAUUUGCGGCUCGCAUUGAUGUUCAAAGCAAGGAGGCACUGGGCCGCCGCCGCCGUGCAUUUCAGGCGGGCACGGCUGGCCCCGCAUCAGGACGCGACCUUCACACGCUUGGAGCUCAGCUUUCAUGCUGCACACUUGCUCGAAGCAAAGGGACUUAGGAAACAGGCCAGGGACGCCUAUGAGAGACUACUCAAAGAGCCUCAGCUUUCGUCUUCACUAAAAGCCGAUGUUUGUAGGCAGUUAGGGUGGCUGUAUCAUCGGUGCGUCUCGUUGGGCGAAACUGGGGCGCGCGCUCGCGCAGCGAUAUGGUGCUUGCAGCGCGCGGUCGCGGCUGAACCAGACUCGGGCGCCGGCCUGUACCUCCUAGGCAGGUGUUACGCAGCCCAGGGGAAGGUCCACGACGCCUUCAUUGUUUACAGAAACUCGGUAGAGAAAUCGGAGGGGAACGCGGACACAUGGUGUUCUAUAGGAGUAUUGUACCAGCAGCAGAAUCAGCCUAUGGACGCGUUGCAAGCGUACAUAUGCGCUGUGCAAUUGGACAAGGGUCAUUCAGCCGCGUGGACGAACCUCGGCAGCUUAUACGAGAGCUGCCAGAUGCCCCGAGACGCGUUUGCUUGUUAUACGAAUGGGGGUGCAGCGGCGACCGCGGCGCACGCGGCCCUACGGCAACGACUAGCGUUCCUGAGGGCGCAUCUAGUGCAUGCCCCUAUGCCAUCUGUGACUGGGAAACGUCGUCAGCUGCCAUCUAUCGAGGAGGCGUGGAACCUGCCGAUAUCGGCGGAGAUGUCGUCCCGCGCGCCCAAGUCGGCGCCGCCGCCGUACCCCGGCAAACGCGAAGACCCGCCGCCUCUGACGCCGCAGCAGCUGCAAACACUACAGAACCUGCAGCGCAACGCACAUAAUCUCUUACCACAGCAACAAGCGAUUAUGAAGCAGUUGCUGGCGCAAUAUCACAUGGCUCAGGCGGCGAAGGCGCGUGCGGUGACCAAAAGCGAAGGUAGUAAUGCGACCGGCGGCGACAGCGCAGAGUCGUUAGCUGAAGAUUUGUUGAAGCGAUUCUCUGAUUCGCAACCGGAUAUAAAGAAGGAGCCCGUUAAUAUUGACAGCAGCAGUAAUGCGAGCGGCGGCGAUGGGGUACUCGGUGGUAGGCAGCCAGUCGUGAAGUUGGAGCCGCUCAAGACUGAUCCACUCAAACCUGUAACGUUCCACAUCGGCAUGACCUCUAAACAGAUCUUAGACACUUGCAAAGAGAAUGCGGGUCCGCCGACGUCGUGGUCAGUGCUGGGCGACGGAUGCGGGCCACCCACGCCGCCGCCGGUACCGCCGCCGCGCCUCUCCGCCGAGCAACUUGCGCCACCCGCGCCAUUCGUCUACGUAGAGUCGAAGCGCGACGCCUUCUCGCCGCAACUACAGGACUUCUGCCUCAAGCACCCGAUAGCGGUCGUCCGCGGCCUCACCGCCGCGCUCAAGCUCGAUCUCGGUCUCUUCUCCACAAAGACCCUGGUGGAGGCGUGGCCCGACCACGCGGUGGAGGUGCGCACCCAGCUGAUGCAGUCCGCCGAUGAGAACUGGGACCCGACGGGGCGGCGGCGCGUGUGGGCGUGCGCGUCGCACCGCUCGCACACGACGGUGCGCAAGUACGCGCAGUACCAGGCCGGCUCCUUCCAGGACUCGCUGCGGGAGGAGCGCGAGCGCGGCGCCGCGCCGCCGCACUCGGCCGGCGCGCUGUCCGACUCCGACGGCCGCGAGUCCGGCUCGGGGCCCGCCAAGCGCCGCCGCGGCCGCAUGCUGCGCUUCGGCACCAACGUCGACCUGUCCGACGAGCGCAAGUGGCGGCCGCAGCUCACGGAGCUGCAGAAGUUGCCGGCGUUCGCGCGUGUCGCCUCUGCCGCGAAUAUGCUCACGCAUGUCGGUCACGUUAUCUUGGGCAUGAAUACUGUCCAGCUUUACAUGAAGGUGCCGGGUAGUCGAACGCCUGGCCAUCAGGAGAACAACAACUUCUGCUCCAUCAACAUCAACAUCGGGCCCGGCGAUUGCGAGUGGUUUGGCGUUCCGGACGCGUACUGGGGCGGCGUACGUGAGCUGUGCGAGCGGCACGGGCUCUCGUACCUGCACGGGUCGUGGUGGCCCGACCCCGAGGAGCUGCGCGCCCACGGCGUGCCCGUGUACCGGUUCACGCAGCGGCCCGGCGACCUCGUGUGGGUGAACGCCGGCUGUGUCCAUUGGGUGCAGGCGACCGGCUGGUGCAACAACAUAGCGUGGAACGUGGGGCCGCUGACCGCGCGGCAGUACACGCUCGCUCUCGAGAGGUACGAGUGGAACAAGGUACAGAACUUCAAGUCGAUCGUGCCAAUGGUGCACCUGACGUGGAACUUGGCGCGUAACAUCCGCGUGUCGGACCCGCGGCUGCACCGUGCGAUGCGCACGUGUCUGCUGCAAACGCUGCGCGCGGCGGCCGGUACGCUAGCGGCCGUGCGUGCGCGCAACCUGGCCGUGCGCUUCCAUGGCCGCGCCAAGGGUGAGGCGUCGCACUACUGUGGCGUGUGCGAGCGCGAGGUGUGGCACGCGCUGCUGGUGCGCGAGCAUGAGCGUCGCCACGUGGUGCACUGCCUGGCGUGCGCGCGCCGCGCCAGUCCCGCGCUUCAGGGCUUCCUCUGCCUCGAGGAGCACCACGUCGACGAGUUGGCGCAGGUGUACGAUGCCUUCACGCUGCACCGGCCGGCACCGCCACCGCAGUCGCUGCCGGCGCCGCCGCCGCCGCCGCCGCCUCCACCGCCGCUGCCGCUGCCCACGCCGGACUGAGCGCGUUGCGCCGCCCUCUUCCCGUGCUACCUCCGCGCCUCCCCGCGGCGGCCGUUCACUGACGGUCGUCCGCCCACGGCGUGUUUCGUCGCAGGCGACAGGGUCCGAGUGACGUCGUAUGUACCUGUAUUUAUUUCGUGUGAGAGUGUACGAUAGUUUCGAACGAGAUCUAUAUUUUACUUAGUCGUCAUUAGUUAAUUAUGAAAGUUUUUCUUUCGACCCAGUCGGUCGCCGUCGUUGUAUAUAGGUAUAGACUAUACGAAGCUAGAUUUGUUUAUUUCAUUGGCACCUCACGUUCCCGAUGCAGUAUUAGCCGCUAGAUAGUUGAUCCUAUUGAGUGUGUGUAGUUUUUGACCAAAUUUGAAAAUUGUUAUCGAGUCACUACUAUUUUUAAUACACGAGACGCGAAGAAUAUUUUCGGUAAUAAAAUGUAAUUUUAAUACGAAAACUUUACAGUUUUUAUACUCUUCAAUCACUUUUGUAAUUGUGAGAGAUAAUUACGUAACUAAAAGUCAAUUUUUGGCAUUAACUAGCCGAUUAAGUAAGGACAUGAAGUAUUUUGCGGCGGCCUCUGGUGUGCAUAGUAGUGGAUUAGACGCGUAGAGCUGAGACAGGAGCAGUACAGAGUAUAUAAUAGACGAGCCUGGCGAGAUCUCCAGUGCUCAGGUGUUCACCGUGAAUAAAUGUGUUAUUUUUGUAUAGAGGCAUAUUUAUUUAUUUUAUCAUAAUGUGACUUUAGUUUGACUUAUUAGUUUGGUCCUGUAGUAAAUAUUAGUUUAAGAAUAUCGCACGGAUUGAGACUCUGCGUUUUAGCAGAGUCUGGUGAACAGUGCUGUAAUGUCCCAAAGAAUGUAAUACUUGUGUAGGCAAAUCAUUAUUGGAGCUUUAUGAUUUUUCCUCAGGCCUAGUUUCUGUCACUAAAACACUUGUAUACUUUAGCACAAACACUGAAAUGGUAGCUUUCAGACGAUUAGUACUACUUUAGUAGGAUUCUAAUCGCAAAACUCAUAUUAGAGUACUAAUGUUUUAGUGCUUUGAACUGGGUCUUACUUCUCGUGUCUGUGCCUAAACAUUGGGCUUUUUGGGAUGUAAUAUUUUGAACUGACAUUUAAAAUUAUAUAAUGCACUAUAUAUAUAUUUAGCUUUCGUCAAAAUGUGGUCAUUCUGAUGAAUUUUUACCCAAUAGAUCUGAAGUAAAAGUUCGAGCAUAUUUUGAAUAAAGCUAGAUGCCCAAAUGUCUUAUUUCUUUAAAAUUAUAAUUGUUAUCAAAAUUGUGUUCUAUUGUCUGAAAUGAAAUGUAAUUAGUCAUAGAAUGUUUCUUGGAUUGGCGUAAUAUAGAAGUUGUGGCGAGUAAGCUCAGGGUUGGCAGUCGAUUCACUCUUGGCAAAAUUGUUUGUUAUUUCUCUUGAAGUUUUAUUCAUGUGUUAGUGAGAUUUCAAUGUUAAUUGUAUUGCUUUCUACUAUGUCAAGAGUCGAAUCAGCGAUGGUUGACGAUGGAAAUGUUGUUCAGGUUUUGUAUAGUGAAUGUAAUUUUAAGUAAUAAUAACAUCACUGCCAUGUAUGACCUUACUGAUAUAUACUGUAACAUUACAAUUUUAAUAAACAAAUUAAGUACGCAA